GCCGUGGCACGCCCUCCAAGAUUGCGCGAAAUUCGACCGCGGCUGCACUAUCCUGUCUUAGGAAGUCACCGGCUCCACGGUCCGCACGAGACGGGCCACUAUGGCCGGGAAAGAAACAGCUCGACCCUACUUGACGAUGUCGGGCGGCAGCUGCAACGUCGGCCAGGGUGCAAGCAGUGCAGCAUCUGAUCUGGACAAUAGCAGGAAGUCACCGCCGCCAUGGUCCGCACGGGACGAGGCGACUGUGGCCCGGAAAGAAACAGCUCGACCCUACUUUACGAUGUUGAGCGGCCACUGCAACUUGGCCCAGGGUGCAAGCAGUGCACCCCCUUAUCUGGACGGAAGCAGAGUUCGUGAAGAAACCAGAGAAGCAGCGUGGCAGCAGCGAGAGAACCUGGCUGCCAACAGAAUCCAAGAGUGCCACAUGUGCCGGUUCGCUUUCACCGACAUGGCAGCCUUCAAAAACCACGUACAUGACCACUGGCUUGGGAAAAACCACAACUGCUCCAAGUGUGGGAAACUGUUUAUGAAGAAUUACCAGCUCACGAGUCAUUUAGGUACGCACGGCGAACCGUCCUUUGAGUGCGGCGUGUGCGGCAAAAAAUUUUAUACCAAACAUGGCCACACGAGGCACAUGCGUUCAUGCCGCGUAGGGGCACAGGACCGAGAAGCCGUCGAAGGGUCUCCUCCUUAACAAGGCAGCACCCGCCACGAAAGUGGUCGAGCACGUCGUCAAGCACUGUCGCACCUGACGGCGGCAUCGGCAUCGAUGCGGCCGGAAGUUCGCCCGGGAGUAGUGACUUCUCUGGAUGUCACCCUGGCGCCAAGACGUGUCUUGUGCCUUGGUAGAAGAACUUGCCGUCUGCGCCUCAACUGUUUUAGUUGUGCGCAAACUUUUUGACAAACAAAACUGGGCUAAUCUUAUUCCUUCUGAAUACGGCUGAAGAAUGGCUGCGAAUAAAGUUUUUACAGUGGUUAUCUCGAGGAA